AUGACAUGAGGUCGCUGCUGUCUUGCGGCUGACGUUCAGGUAGAGGAAAGGAGAGGAACAUUCAUCUUCACUGACGGGGAAGAUGAGGCCCUGGCCAGGCACACGGGCAAUGUGGUCAUCACAAACUGCUCGGCCGCCCACAGCCGCCAGGCGCUGUCCUGCAAGAUGGCCGUGGAGUAUGACCACUUCAUCGAGUCCGGCAGGAAGUGGUUCUGCCACGUGGAUGAUGACAACUACGUCAACCUGCGGGCCCUGCUGCGGCUGCUGGCCAGCUACCCGCACACGCGGGACAUCUACAUCGGCAAGCCCAGCCUGGACAGGCCCAUCCAGGCCACGGAACGGGUCAGCGAGAACAAGGUGCGUCCUGUCCACUUCUGGUUUGCCACGGGCGGCGCUGGCUUCUGCAUCAGUCGUGGGUUGGCUCUGAAGAUGAGCCCGUGGGCCAGCGGGGGUCACUUCAUGAACACUGCCGAGCGGAUCCGGCUGCCUGAUGACUGCACCAUUGGCUACAUCGUGGAGGCCCUGCUGGGCGUGCCGCUCAUCCGCAGCGGCCUCUUCCACUCCCACCUGGAGAACCUGCAGCAGGUGCUCACCUCAGAGCUCCACGAGCAGGUGACACUGAGCUACGGUAUGUUUGAAAACAAGCGGAAUGCCGUCCACGUGAAGGGGCCUUUCUCAGUGGAGGCCGACCCAUCCAGGUUCCGCUCCAUCCACUGCCACCUGUACCCAGACACACCCUGGUGUCCCCGAACUGCCAUCUUCUAGCAGCCAUGGCUGAGACCCAACCCCUGGGCGCCCCUGGUAUCCAAAGGGCCCAGUGACCCUGUUGCGCUGCCCUGGCCUCGGCAUUCGAGGCUCCCCCAGGGCCGUGCCUGUGCGUGUGCGUGUGCGUGUGCAUGUGUGUGUGUGUGUAUGCGUGUGUGUGUGUACUGUAUGCCCACCC